AUGAAAGCAUCCCUACGGACGCGAAGCCUGACGACGGCGCGUCGUCUGUUUCGGUCUCCCGAACGACGUCGCCAACCGGUGGCGGUCGAUGAGGCGUGGCCGUAUGCCCGUGCGACGUUUACGCCUUUUGUGUCAGUCCAGACGACUGGGAAGAGCCCGAAAGCGGCGGCAGACGAACCGAAUGACGUGGAUAUGGGCCAGGAUGAUGUCGUUGUGCGUAACGCCCCUGCUCUACCGAAAAACCCGACGUUCAAGCGAUCCACGAAAGAAGAACGUUGA